CUCUUUCUAUCCGCUGACAGGCGCAUUUCCAGACGGAGCUGCGGGAACCCAUUGUCGCGUCUGCUCAGGCCAGUGCGUGGUGCUAAGUUGCGACAUCGUCCCGCAGUUGGAACUUACAUCAUUCGUCUGCAGCCCCGCUCGCCUAUCACUCGCGAUCUCCCGUUCCUUGCCUGGCCUCGAGUUCUCUUGUGGGGGCGCGAUCCGGCCAUCAUCACUAUCAUCAGCAUCAUCAGCGCCCUUCCUUCCUCCUGUGACCCGUCCCCUCGCCUCGCCUCCCCCUGCUGGCCUUUGAGGGUCGAUCAGUUCGACCCACUCAUUUCUCGGGCGUUGCACGGGACGAGCGUCGGGCGUCGGGCGUCUAUGCUCUUCCUCGCACUACAGCCUCGGCCGAGCUCUCUGCACGGGCUGGCAAAGGCGUGAUCCGACGCUGGUUUCCUCCGUGUGUCCGGCAUUCGGAGCGUCGGGCUCGUUGCGCUCCGAGGAGAGACGAUGGCUCGCGUCUGGGGAUCGUUCGAGUCGACGAUUAUGGUGCUGAUUCUGGCGUUCUUCGCGGGGGCCCUCGUCCCGGCUGUGAAUGCCCAAGCGCCAGCUCCGGGUCCUGCUCCUGGCCCGAGUUCCGACAGUCACGCUAUCGACCAGGGCAUCGCUUACGUCCUGAUGUUUCUGGCGUUGGUCUUGACUUACCUCAUUCAUCCUCUGGAUGCGUUUCCCAGCUUCUUUUGAGGCUCAUUGUCGAGGAAUGCCGCGAUUCGACGAGGACUUGCGAUUGUAUUUUUUCUCUGCAGAAGGAGUGGGGAGUACUCAGGGGAGUGAUGCCAGCAACGGUUGUUGAGAGAAAUCUUGUGUGUGCUACUUCUAGCGGAGCGCAAGAGGAGGAGUGUGACGAGCUUUACUGAACCGCAUGCUGUACGAUACACAGCGGCUGUGGACCUCUGUACCCGAAUUUUUUGUUCUUUGACGCACGUGCAUUGUAAACUUUCUUUAUUCUCUAUCAGUUUUCAGACUUCUGAGAGAAGCGAGGCUGUUCGAAGUUUAAAUCCUUUGUACCUCCAAUCGGAAUAUCUGAGGCCCAGGUCCGCCUGAAUUUUGUUUUGAUCUGCAUACCGUAGGUCGGUACAGAUGUUUCUCAGCCGUGUAAUGCGGGCAAGAACCCUAUUUGACGCAAGGAAUACUGAAAUUGAAAGGUGCUGGCUUUUUUCCACCU